UCCGGUCAAGAUGGCGGCGCCCAGGAGAGGCCGCGCCGGCCGGGCUCCGCGCUAGGGGCGGCGGCGGCGGCGGAAGGGUCCUCGCCGAGCCGGGCAUCGCAAGAAGGAGGAGUCUCCCCUCCCCUUUAUCCCCUCUCCCGAAUUCCCACUUAUCCUUUCCAGAUCCUAACUCCCCUACCCCCUUCAUCCCUGGCCCCCCCCGCGACCCCCACCAUGGCAGACGGGAGCCCUGGGCACAGCGGCCCUCCCCUCGCCCUCCCGCCGGCUCAAGGCAGCUCCUCGCGGUCCUCCCCCACCCCCCCGCCCCCCCAUAACUUGCAGGGACUGCUCCAAAUGGCCGUCACCGCCGGGCCCCCCGUGCCAGCCGCCGGCCACGAGCCCAUGUCCGAGGAGAGACGCCAGUGGCUGCAGGAGGCCAUGUCCGCCGCCCUGCGGGGGCCUACGGAGGAGGUGGAGCAGAUGAAAAGCUGCCUGAAGGUCCUGGCCCGGCCCGAGCCGCCCUCCACCCCGGAGGCCCAACUGACCGCCGACCAGAAGGAGCGCGAAGGGGCCCUGGAGCUGUUGGCGGAUCUGUGCGAGAACAUGGACAACGCUGCCGAUUUCUGCCAGCUGUCGGGGAUGCACCUGCUGGUGGGUCGCUACCUGGAGGCGGCGGCGGCGGAGCUGCGGUGGCGGGCGGCCCAGCUGGUGGGCACGUGCAGCCAGAACGUGGCAGCCAUCCAAGAGCAGGUGCUGGGCCUCGGGGCCCUCCGGAAACUCCUCCGGCUCCUCGACCGAGAUCCCAGUGACGCCGUCCGGGUCAAGGCUCUUUAUGCCAUAUCCUGCCUGGUGCGGGAGCAGGAGGCGGGCCUGCUGCAGUUCCUGCGACUGGAUGGCUUUUCCGUGCUGAUGCGCGCUAUGCAGCGGCCUGUGCGCAAACUCAAGGUCAAGUCGGCGUUCCUCCUGCAGAAUCUGCUGGGGACGCACCCGGAGUACAAAGGUACCCUGUGCUCGAUGGGAAUGGUGCAGCAGUUGGUGUCCCUGAUCCGGACGGAUCACAGUCCCUUCCACGAGCACGUCCUGGGGGCCCUGUGCAGCCUGGUGACAGAUUUCCCUCAGGGAGUGAAGGAAUGUCGGGAACCUGAGCUGGCGCUGGAGGAGCUCCUGAGGGAGCGGUGUCAACUGCUGCGGGAACACGAGGAGUUCCAGGAGGAACUGGAGUUCUGCGAGAAGUUGUUACACGUGUGUUUCUCCUCCCCUACGGACGACAGCAUGGACCGGUGAACGCAGAGGAGGGCGGGGAGGGAAGCAGAUCCCAUCUUCCCUCCUCUCCUCUAAACCACCGUCCCAGGAGAGGGACUGGGGACCGACCCUCCCGGCUUGGGGAGGGUCCCGUCCCCUUAAACUGUCCUCCGCCUGACCGGUUUUAUCAAUAAAUUUAUCUGUCUCAA